ACUGUAUAAAUUUUCGUACGCUUCCCUCCCCCUCUCUUCACUUUCAAAUUCACGAAAGAAAAAAAUGGCGGGUCGUGGAAAAACUCUCGGAUCUGGUGUUGCUAAGAAGGCGACGUCUCGGAGCAGCAAGGCCGGUCUCCAGUUCCCCGUCGGUCGUAUCGCCCGGUUCUUGAAAAACGGCAAGUACGCCGAACGUGUCGGAGCCGGAGCUCCGGUUUACUUGGCCGCCGUACUCGAAUACCUCGCAGCAGAGGUUCUUGAAUUGGCUGGAAACGCGGCGAGGGACAACAAGAAGACGAGAAUCGUGCCGCGUCAUAUUCAGUUGGCGGUGAGGAACGACGAGGAGCUGAGUAAGCUGCUUGGUGACGUGACGAUUGCUAACGGAGGUGUGAUGCCGAACAUUCACAAUCUUCUUCUUCCUAAGAAGGCUGGUGGUGGUGCUUCCAAACCUUCCGGUGAUGAUGACGAAUAGAUCUCAGUUUCAGUUUCUGUAAUGUGUAGAUUUAGAUUAGUCUCUUUGUUUUCGUCCUCUUGUUGUAGAUUAGUUAUAUCGCCUUUGUUUUGUAAACGUUUUUGCAGCGUGUUUCUGUUGUACUGUUGGAUUAAAUCUGUUUGGUCUUAAAAAAGCGAUCUUGAACUCA